UUUCUCGUUAGCUUAGCCACAGCACACUACUCACAUUUCUCCACUUUUGCUCUCUGUCUCUUGCUCUCUACACUUUCUCUCUCUAUAUAUCUUCAGCGAAAAUCUAGGGAAUUCUCUUCAGAUCUUCAGUUCUGAUCGUGGGUUUCAGUUUUUUUUUUUCGAGUUUUACUGGAAUCAAAAUAAACUUAGUGCAAGUGAAGUUCAUUUAUACAAUAAUUUGGUGAUAGAGGAGUAGAGCAACAUGCCGUGGGCGUCUUCAUUUGUGAACUAUAGCAUGAAUUGUAUUCGACUGGUGGUGUUCUUUUGGGUCAUACUAUAAUUUAGGUUCUUUGUAAUUUCUUUUUUAUUGGUGAAGGACUUCUUGUAUCUACUGUAGUUUCAAUUUUAAAAGCGGUGUGAGGAGUGAGAAUGUACAUUGCGGUAACCAUCAAGAGGUAUCGAGCUGUGAAGGAAGUAGGGAAGAUUAAAAUGAUUGUCGGGAUUACUGCAUUUUACCAAGUGAUGCAAGUUUGUCAGGCUGAAUACUUCCGACAGUUGCUUAAGCCUGUUACGUAGUCUAGCAAUACAAAAGCUCUGGGGAUUGGGUUUGGGACAGAUUGCCCUCUGGUUGUAUUCAUACAUAAGAAGGCAAUGACCAAAAUGAAAUGUUUGAUUCUGUAGUUGUUCAUUUAGAAUAGACGGCUCUUUAUUCAGGAUGGCAAUACAUUGAUUUGCUAUAUAGUCUUUUGUCUGUUUAGGUACCUUCAUCUAAUUAGAAACCAAAUAAUUGCCAACCCAAAGCCAAAAAUCAAUCAUUCUCUUAACACUUUUAUCAAAAGCAAGCUUCUGAUGCAGAGUGACCAACAAUUUCAUCCCAAAAAAACUGUGCCCCACUUUGCUAAUCAAAGGGGUAAUGAUUACAUGCAUAUGCCAGUUGCUUCUUCCUUUACUGCAGCUCUACCACCCACAAAGCAUUUCAUGCCUGUUCAUGGCAUUGAAUUUCAGCCUUCGGAGGUUUGCCCAAAAAAUUUCAUCAUUUUUGAUCAAACUGAUUAUCGAAGCCAAAUUAUGUUCCAUCCUGCAGUUGCCCACAAAUUCAACACUCCUGGCUUAAAUAUGCAUACGAGUUUCAUCCAAGAGACUUUUGAGAGAAAAGAGGUCAAUGAUAUUGAAAGAGAAAUAUCUUCUUCUCUAAAAGAGGAUUCAGAUGAUAUUGAAGCGUUAUUGAGCUUGGAAGAGGACGGGGAACAAGAGGAUUAUGAUGAUGAAGAGGUCAGCACCGCACGGGCUUAUGGAAAUUAUGGAUGCAAUUCCCCUGAUUCAUGCUCCACGUAUGGUUCUAAGCCCAGGAAAAAUGGAUCUUCAUCUGUUCAGAAGUCCUCAGGCAGUGGUAGCAGCUCAAACAGUGAAAGGAAACGACAGAAAAUGAAGAAAAUGGUGAAGACACUGAGAGGUAUUGUACCUGGUGGUGAUCAAAUGAAUACCGUUACUGUUAUUGAUGAAGCUGUAAGGUAUCUAAAGUCUCUCAAAGUUGAAGUGCAAAAACUAGGAGUUGGGGGUUUGAAGAACUAAAUUUGAGCUUCAUCUUGUAUUGAACUCCAUUUUCUAAGAUAUUGGUAAAUCACGCAUCAAUUAGUCUUCUCUCUCUUGGUGGAUUGGUAUCAAGUAGAUAAUAAUGGCAGUUACUGAGCACUCAUUCCCGUCCGCACUCUACAUUUCGAGUAUAUGCUGGUUGCUGCAGAUUGGAGGGAUGUUAGUGGGUCAUUCUCUCUUAAAUUUCUUAGUAACCUCAAUGUCUACAUAUCCUAUAGUGGAGUUAAAGGGUGGCUUGAUGUUCAAUAUGGGCCACUCUCUUCUGCUUGCAGGUGGUCUGUCUGGCUUGGUAGUAUUUACUAUUACUUUUAAUGCUAUGUUGUAUUGUACUCAAAUAUUUAACUGGUCUUAUGUUAUUGGCAGUUUACUUUAGAGUGCUUUAUAAUGCUCUCUGUCUUUAGCAUAUGCUCAUAAUUAAUGGUGCUUUUUAGGUGCUGGAUCCAGUUGUACUCGAUAAAUGCUUAAAUGGAAAUGCUUUCUGUCAGCAAGUAAUACUGAAAAA